CUUCCAGUGAACCUCCCCACACCCUGAUGAAUAAAUCCCAGCGGCUCCAUUCAAACGCAGAUAGUCGCCCACCAGAAAGCAGCAUGUACUCAGAGAUCGACUGCGGGGUUUGUUACCGGACCUACAACACGGGCCGCCGGUGUCCCCGGGAGCUCCACUGUAAACACACCUUCUGUGAGAGCUGCCUCCUGGCUCUCUCCCGACCCCCGACACCCGCCGAGGGGGAUCCGGGAGCCGACAGGUCGAUCCUCUGCCCGUUGUGCCGACACACCACGUCCAUCUCCGGGGAGAGGAGGCUGAGAGAGGAGCUGAGGGUGGAUGAGUGCGCCCUGGAGCGGCUGGUAGAAGCGGGGGUCUUGGAUCAAGAGGAGGACGAUGAUCCGGAGGAGGAGAGCGGCCAAACUGAAGAGGAGGAGGAAGCGGCUCUGCCCCGCAGCUCAGGCCGGGAGAGUGGCUCCGCCGCCGGCUCCAGAAGGGGGCGUUUCCGCCGGACCUGGAAGAGAGUUUGGCAGAUGAUCAUUGGGAAAGACGGAGACGGGGAAGCAGAACUUGGCUGUUUGACCAGUGAGGACUACUCCAGCCUCGCCAUAAUGUCCAGCUUGUUUUGAGAACCAUCCAGUCCCAAAUGCCCUACAUAAUGUGACACUGUAUUUAUUUUCAAUGGUUCACCCUUCCAACAUGGACUGAUUUUUUAUUUUUUUUACAUUCCAGUUUUGUUACAUUGGUACACAGUCUUGUUGGCAAGACACGUGGACACAAUCCACAUUUAAAUGACUUUUUUUUUCAGUUUUGCAAUCAUUUAAAUGAUGAUGGAUGUAGCUGUUGCAUUCAAAUGAGAAAGCAAAAAAUAAGAAAAUGCAUUUUAAGCCUAUGAAAAAGGUGUUUUGUAUUAGUUAUUUAUUUUUUUAAUGAAUGUAUUUAUUUUGAAACUUCUGAUAUAAGCUGGAAGAAAAUAAAUGUUCUUUUUUUUGUACUCACUUCGAAGCUGUGCUGAAAUUUUUGAUAUGUGUGUGCAUUAAAAAAAUUGAAAACA